CACAAACCUCUCACAGUUCUCUUCCGCAAACUAUCAAGCAUGACUCGUCUGGGGUUCAAUCCUGCUACCUGGAUAGGUGUCGUGCUUCUCGCUUCUACGAUCUUCAGGAUCUGUUUCGCGGAAAAGCGAGAGAUUUACUUAGCUCUAAUGGAAGGAGACCCCGUUGCCUUCGCCGGUGUUUCUUCCUCGCAUGAGCAUGGGUUUAGCCGGCACAAUUUGAAUAGGGAAGUGUCGAGGGCCCACGCAAAGCGCCUAGUGGAUUCUCACGACCAACUUCUGCGAAGUGUUUUGGAGACUGGAAGCUACAAGAAGCUGUACAGCUUCAACCAUGUCAUCAAUGGCUUCUCCGUCCACAUUACAGAAUCUCAGGCGAAGAGGCUCAAAGAAACUCCAGGAGUGAGGCUCGUGGAGAGAGACCGAGGAGCCAAGCUGAUGACCACCUACACCCCUCAAUUCCUGGGGUUGCACCAAGGAGCUUGGAGGCAGCAAGGCGGGCCGAGAAACGCCGGCGAGGGCAUCGUCCUCGGCUUCGUCGACACUGGGAUCAACCCGUUGCACCCGAGCUUCGCGAACGCCGGCCUCCCGCCCUCGAACCGUACCUCCCGAUUCUCCGGCGCGUGCGAGACGGGCCCGCUGUUCCCCGCAAUCUCAUGCAAUGGGAAGAUAGUCUCCGCGAGGUUCUUCUCCGCCGGGGCUCAGGCCGCCGGUCCCCUCAAUCCUUCGGUGGAUAUCUUGUCGCCCUUUGACGCUGCUGGGCAUGGAAGCCACGUGGCGGCAAUAGCGGCGGGAAAUCCAGAUGUUGCGGUCGUCGCUAAUGGGUUGUACGGAUGGGCCAGUGGGGUGGCGCCUGGAGCUAGAAUAGCCGUCUAUAAAGCUGUAUACCCCACCGUGGGAACGUUGACCGAUGUAGUUGCAGCAAUCGACCAAGCAGUGCAUGAUGGAGUGGAUAUGCUGUCACUAUCGGUAGGGCCAGAUGAAGCGCCAGAGGAUACACCCACGUUGCUGAGCGUGUUUGACAUGGCGAUGCUGUUCGCGAGAAGAGCCGGCGUGUUUGUGGCGCAGGCAGUGGGCAACAACGGACCCUCCCCCUCCACAGUCUUGUCCUACGGCCCCUGGACCGUGGGCGUCGCCGCCGCCUCCACCGACCGGACCUACCCUGCCUCUCUCCUCCUCGGCAGUGGCCAAAGAAUCGCGGGGGUUGGCUUGUCAGGACCAACUCUAGGAAACGGCGCGAUUCGGUACAAGCUUGUAUUAGCCAAGGAUGCAAUCUUCCCAUAUGGGGUUUUCCCCAGAACACCACCGUACACCGAGGAGUGUCAAUACCCACAAGCCUUGGACCCUGCUUUAGUGCUAGGCAGCAUAGUCAUCUGCACUUUCUCUGCUGGCUUCUUCAACCAGACCUCCUCCCUCACUGCGAUCCUCAACACGGCAAGAUCUCUCGGAUUCGCGGGUUUCGCUCUCGUCGCGAACCCGGCGUACGGCAACUUCAUCGCCGAACCGAUUCCCUUUUCUGUUCCUGGGAUAAUGAUCCCGAGAGUUGCCGAUGCACAGAUCCUGUCACAGUACUAUGAGCAAGAGACGGGGAGAGGUCAAGGAGGAGCAUCGACCAGAUUUGGCGCGACGGCUGCCAUUGGGGAAGGAAGAGUGGCUUCAUUUGGUGGGAGAGCACCGACUGUGAGCAGAUUCUCUUCUAGAGGACCGGAUUAUAUUGAUGUCAAGAAGACUCCUAUUGACGUGUUGAAGCCAGAUAUUCUCGCCCCUGGUCACCAAGUGUGGGCUGCAUGGAGCCCUAUGAGCGCCUCCGAACCUAUUCUCGUCGGACAAAGUUUUGCAUUGCUGUCCGGGACAAGCAUGGCGACGCCCCAUGUUGUCGGAGCAGCGGCACUCAUCAAGCAAGUCAAUCCAUCAUGGACACCUUCCAUGAUCGCAUCAGCGAUGUUGACGACCGCCACCAAGCACGACAACUAUGGAGACCUUAUAAUGACCGAAGGUUCGGAUAUCAGCAGCCUCAGUCCCGCCACGCCUUUUGAUAUCGGCUCAGGUCUUCUCAAUCCUACCUCUGCCCUUAAUCCCGGCCUCGUCUUCCCUUCAGAUUAUGAAGACUACAUCAAGUUCCUGUGCUCUUUACCUAAAAUGGACCCGUUGACGGUGAAAGCAGCCACCGGAGAAUCUUGCGCGGGCUCGUUCGCCUACCCAUCUGAUUUGAACCUUCCCUCGGUAACAAUAUCCGCACUUGCCAGAGUUCGAACAGUGCGUAGGAGGGUGAAGAACGUGAGUGCCAGGCAGCUAACGUUUACGGUCUCGAUGCGACCACCGAAUGGAACGGCAAUAAGCGUGAACCCACCUUGGUUCACGUUAGAUCCUCGGGGAGUUCAAGAUCUUGAUAUGGAAAUUAGAGUUACACAAGCAUCGAUUGAGAUUGGCGAGUUUCGCCAUGGCGAAGUUGUCCUGACAGGACCUGAGGAUCCAAGUGGGCAGAUGCAGUUGGAGGUGCCCAUUACUUUUUCAGUAAGAGUUCAGCCGGACGGCUGAUUUCGUGUCUGAGUAGUGCAUGAUUCAAAAGAUGUAAGAGUUAGAUCAAUGCACCCUACAUGUGAGUAAAAAUAAUGGAGAAUUUUCUGUGGCAAAUCCUUGUCUCUUUGAUUUACUUGAAUCGAACAAAGCUUAUUUUUUGCCUGGAGAUUAAGCAACUAAGGCCUAAACCAGGCAUGAAGAUGUACAUCGAAGCAAUACUCGGGCUAAGCAAAGUGGGAAUACUAGGUCGAACUUUCAGCUUUGUACGGUCCUAAAUGUGAAGUGAUAAUACAAGCUUCAUAAUUACACCA